AUGCAGAUUAAAGUGGAAAAUGAGGAAUCCCGGAAUUGUGAUGACCAAAAGCUCCCUCUCCUACUACGUGAAGCAAAAAAGAUAACCCUCAUACAGAGAGCCAUUAGCCAGACAUUUCGGAGCACGGCUCAUUUAGCCAAUCUUUUACCUACUGGAUCGGUUUUUGCAUUCCAACUUUUGUCACCUAUUUUCACAAACCAAGGCGAGUGUGACUCUGUCAGCCGGUCCUUGACUGCUGGGCUAAUAGCUCUCUGUGGGCGGUCAUGUUUUCUAUUGUGCUUCACCGACAGCUUCAAGGAUAAGAAUGGGAAUGUUUGUUAUGGGUUCGCCACAUUUUGGGGCAUGUGGGUCAUUGAUUGCUCAGCAAAUCUACCACUAGAAAUUGAUGCCAAGUACCGACCACAAGUUAUCGAUUUUAUACAUGCUUUCAUGUCAAUACUGGUUUUGGGAGCUGUUACACUCUUUGAUCAAGAAGUGGUGAACUGCUUCUACCCUAUGCCAUCAGAUGAGACAAAAGAGCUCCUCACAGCAAUGCCAAUCGGGAUAGGGGUCAUUUGCAGUAUGUUGUUUGUUGUGUUCCCUACCAAACGCCACGGAAUUGGUUUUCCCCUCACUGCUAAUUAGAAUUUUCUCCGUGUUAAAUUCAUACCAGUAUAGUUCCAUUUAUCUUGUCAUUGUAAGACAUUUCUCAAGUGUCUGAAUUAUUCUUCCUCCUGUCAAUUUGAAGUUGAAAAAUAAGAUAUUACCCUGCAAUCAAACCACUAUAUUAGUCAGAUGUAGCCAGUCCAUGCCCUGAAAGCAUCAUUGUGGAGAAUGAUAACAUUGAUGGUGCAAGGUGAUAAGCUAGUGUAGUUCUAGGAAAGAAUGUAAACGUACAUUUUACUAGGGGUGCAUAAAGAACCGGAACCGGAACCGGUUCCGAUUUCGGUCCCGGUUUCGAAUUUAUGAA